UUUGUUUUCAAGAGACGAUAAAAACGAUGGAGGUCCUCUUCCAUAUGUUGCAGUUGAGUUUGAUACUUAUCAAAAUCCUUGGGAUCCACCAUAUGAUCACGUAGGUAUCGACGUUAAUUCUAUUGCCUCCGUCAAAACUGUGCCUUGGAUGAGCAGUAUUCCGGAUGGGACCAAGACAGAGGUAUGGAUCACAUAUGAUUCAAUCAAGAAAAAUCUAAGUGUUGAGUUUGCUUAUGUUGAUAAGAAUAGUAAGAAACGCAGGGUUGGAGAAAUCUCUUAUGAGGUUGAUCUGAGGAAAAUCUUGCCUCAAUGGGUUUCUCUUGGCUUCUCUGCUAGCACUGGACUUGCAUUUGAAAUAAAUACCAUUUGUUCAUGGACUUUCACUUCAAGUUCAAGUUUUUUUGAUUCUAGAUUGAAUGAAUCUGAUCCAUUAAAGAAGGCGCCAAGUCCAUUUUCCAAUUUUAUUCCGGAGCAGGAAGAAAGGGCACAGACCAGGACGAGAUUGGUGUCAGGAUUUGUUAUUGGAUUGUGUUCCUUGAUCGUUUGCCUAAUUUUCCUUCGUAUCCGUUCAAGGAAGAAGAAGAUGACAGAAGAUGAAAAUGUCAAGGGUUUUGUAUUCCAAGUAUCUUUUGGUGAUGAAUUUCAAAAUGGAUUAGGACCUAAGAAAUUCUCUUGUAUUGAAUUGGCUGAGGCAACAAAACACUUUGCAGAAGAAGAGAUGCUUGGAGAGGGAGGGUUCGGAGCAGUUUAUAGAGGCUUUUUAAAAGACUCAAACUCUUAUGUGGCUGUAAAGAGGAUAUCAAGUGCAUCUAAACAAGGAGUCAAAGAAUACGCAUCAGAAGUGAAGGUCAUUAGCCGAUUACGGCACAAAAAUACGGUGAAGCUCCUCGGCUGGUGCCAUGAAAAGGAUCUCUUACUAGUUUAUGAGUUCAUGCCUCAAGGAAGCCUAGACGCUCAUCUUUUUAAAGGCAAAAGCUCGUUGACAUGGGUUUUGAGAUGCAAAAUUGUUCGAGGCUUGGCCUUGGCAUUGCUUUACCUACACGAAGAAGGUGAUUUCUGUGUGAUUCAUAGAGACAUUAAAUCAAGCAACAUUAUGUUGGAUUCCGACUUCAAUGCAAAGCUUGGAGAUUUCGGGUUAGCCAGGCUUGUUGACCAUGCAAAAGGGUGUCAAACCACAAUUUUGGCAGGGACCAUGGGUUACAUGCCCCCUGAAUAUCUAAUGUCAGGCAAGGCUAGCAAAGCAACAGAUGUAUAUAGUUUUGGAGUCGUUGCUUUGGAAAUAGUUUCUGGUAGAAAGGCUGUGGAUGCUAGGAUUUCAGAGGAAAUAAGACUAGUAGAAUGGGUUUGGGAGUUGCAUGGAAUUGGGAAUGUACUUGAUGUAGCAGACCCCAAAUUGUGCAGAGAGUUUGAUGAGGAGCAAGUCAAGAGAUUGAUCCUCGUCGGUCUAUGGUGUGUGCAUCCAGACCACGCAUUUCGGCCUUCGAUACGGCAAGUGAUUAAGGUCCUUAAUUUUGAGGCUCCAUUGCCUACACUACCAUCACAAAUGCCAAUGCUAGCAUAUCUUACUCCUCCACAAGAAAUGUGACGCAGAGCAAGCUGAGCAACGGAAAGAUUUAUUGAAGCGUUCGCUAUUCUUGUUAGCAAAACUAAAGAUGUCCCUUAACCCCAUGUUCCUGCCCUCCUACAUCUUCCUUGCUAGGCACGUUCCUUCUUCUCCAAGUAAUGCAAAGCCACCUGUUCCUCCUUGCACAACCUGUCACCGUCACUGCCUACCAAGCCUGCAUCAGUCUCCCCGGAUUGAAAAGAACUCGACCUCGAGUUGGCCAAAGGGGCAGCAAAAUAACACGGUACCAGAUGCUUAACAUUAAAGACAUUUGAGGUCUUCAGAUGGCUCGGAAGACGCACACAAUAAACAUUGUCAUUAAUCCGUUGAAGCACCUCACAGGGACCAACUUUCUUUGCCUUAAGCUUGUUAUAUUCUCCAGGAGGAAAUCUAUCACGAGUAAGAAUGACCCACACAUCAUCCCCAACAUCAAAAGUAACGCAACGACGCUUCUCAUCAACUCUGGCCUUGUAAACAACAUUAUUAGCUUCAAUUUUUGUACGUACUUAGGCAUGUAAAUCCCGAAGAAAUUGAGUCAUGUCUACAGCU